AUGACUUCCAUAUCGAAAUCAUCGACGACAAUAAGUGACUUUUAUUAUUUAUGUCGUAAUGGGUUAAUAGAUAAAGUUCGUGAACAAUUACUAAAUAUGACUUUAGAUGAAAUUGAUCAAAUUGAAGGAAAUGGUUCUACAGCUCUUCAUGCUGCAUGUUACUAUGGCCAUACAGAAAUAGUUAAAUUAUUAUUAGAUAAAGGUGCUAGUCGUUCAAUAAAGAAUAUGCAUAAAUGUUUACCUUGUGAUGAAGCACAAAAAGACGAAAUUAAAAGAUUAUUUAUACGUCAAUCAGGAACUCGAUUUUCUAAUGAUGGAUCUGCUUAUAUUGAUUGGAUGAAAUGUGAUGCUGAAGCUGAAUCUCGUGCAAGUGAUUAUCGAUUUCGUCAUAUUGGAUUUGGAUGGAAUAAUAAAAAUAUAGAUGAUCGUUUAAAAUAUAUUAAAGAUGAAAUGUCUCACACAGAAAAUGAUCGCAUAAAGACAUAUAUAAAUCAAGCACAACAAGAUCCUCAUUUCCUUCUUAAAGCUUAUACGGUCGAAUCCGACUUUUAUAUUAAAUUAAAUAAAGAUUUAGCUACAAGACGUUUUGAUCAAGGUACACAUUUUGGUAUAACAUAUUUCAUUGAUUUUUUCUAUAAUAAUCCAGCUUUUGCAAGUUUAUCAUUCAAAGGAAAAGUUUAUCGUGGUACAUGUAUGACACAUGAUGAUUUUAAACAAUUUAGUGUUGGAGGAAAAGUUAUGAAUAAAGCAUUCAUGUCGACAACUAAGGAUCGAAAAAUGGGUGAACAACUUGCAACAAAACAUCUAACUUAUCGUGAAAAACAACACGGUGAAAAUGUUAAAUUAUCUGCUCUUUGUACAUAUGAAAUAAUUAAUGAUCGAACUGGAUUAGAUAUUGAAGGAAUUUCGGAAUAUAAAGAUGAAAAAGAAGUAUUAAUAGGUCCACUUACAGCUUUCAGAAUUACAACAAUACGUCAAAUUGCUCGAAAUUAUGCUGAAAUUGAUCUUCGAGAAUGUGAACAAGUAAAUUCUCACGAUGAUGAUGAUUUUGAUGAUGAUUAG